CUGUACGACAAUGUAGUCGUCCAAUGAAAAAUACAGAACACGUCAACAAACAAAAUGGACGACAGAGGGGGUCGACCGCGCAAUGGGCGGGGUGGGGCGGCCAGCACAGAAGACAUGCUGGAGGCAGAGAACAACCGACUGCAGGAGGGGCUGUCGUCAAAAGUCUCCACACUCAAAUCGCUUGCAUUAGACAUCGAAGGAGAAACCAAGGAUCAGAACAGAUACUUGGAUAGCAUGGAUGGAGACUUUGACAGCUCAGCGGGUCUCCUCGGAGGGACAAUCAAGCGUUUUGACACCAUGCUUGGCGCCGGCAGGAACAACCGACGUCUGAUGUGUUACCUGAUCGCCAUCAUUGUCGGAAUAUUCAUCCUUGCCUACUUUCUCAUGACCAGGGUCACCAGAUAAUUUGUCUGAAAAUGGCUAUGAAUUAUUCAUACACUAAUUUAAAACUUUCAGAUUGGUUCAUUGAGACACUGAAUAAUUCAUCAGCUCUCCCAUUUGUUUUUCAAAGAGAUGAAUGGGUCCUUGCUGCUGAAUAAUUCAUUGGCAAAUAAUUUACACCCUUCGUGUGUCUAGUACCUUGCAGACAGUUUCUGUUCUUGUUCUGUUUCCUUGAUAGUAGGAAAAAAAAGUGAAAUGUGAUAAAAAAAAGUCUUAACUUUUGAACUAUUGUUUGUUGGCUUUGUAAUUGUUUUGUUCAGUUUUAUUAUUUUUUCUUCAAAUUUAAACAUUUUUGCCGAAGCGACUCAGAUUCAUUCAGAGUCUAUUUUCUGCAGUUAAAUCAAUAGUUCAAAGCAGUGUCCAAUGAAUAUUUUUUGGGGACUUCACUCCGAAGAAAUUCAAAUGAUGAUCCCAGUUUGGGGAUGUGGCAAGUGUUGGUGAUACCUCAACUUUGGUGUUAAAUACUCAUUCUCAAAGUUAAAAAUAAUUACACAUAGAUCAAGGGAUGGACCAUGUGAAAAAUGUUUGUGGGAUUUAUUUGGGUCUUGGUACAAGGCAAUGUUUCAGAUUCUGGUCACAAGGAGACCGGGGAGGUUUGCUCUAUUGCCCUUUUCCAAUGGUGGGAUUCUUUGCUUUCAGAAAUGCAAUUGCAACGUACUGAACCGAGACUAGUGAGCUCUUAUCCAAGUGCCAAUCAAGAAUUGGAGUUUACACUGCACAGAAACUGAGAUAUUGAAAAGGCUUUACUAAUUUAUGGUAUUAGUGAUGUUUAAUACUCAUAAGGCUUUGAGGUGCACUUGUGUAAAUCCAUCAGGUACAUUUGUACAAAUUAUAAAGAGUGAAUAUUGUCUUUACGCGGCUUAACAUUUCGCUUUCACAUUUAUGGGCUACCGUUUCUGGCUUUGACAUGAGAGAAAUUAGGCACUUGUGGCUGUCUAUUGCCCAAGAAAAAGGUCUACCAGUUAUCAGGAAAGAAAUGCAAACAUGUUUAGUCGGGUGGUGGUGAUUGCAUUCUUGCCAGUGUUGGUGAUCAAAACACGCCGUGGCAAAGUUGCUGCCGUCUGGAAAAGGAUUACACAAGUGGCAUUCAGUCUGCUCUUCAGUGGCUAGUUGGAGCUCGAUUGUAAAAAAAAAAAUUCAACAAUUGCUGAUCUUGUUUCACAUGUACUCAGACAUGGCUGAGAUGGAUUUGUAUUUACACGUAUUAAAUGUAAAUGAACAUGGUUAACAUGAACCUUAGUGGUGGAAAAAAAAUCCAUACUUUUCCUCAUUUGGUUAAUGCUAUCAUGUGUAGAAAUAUAGUGUACAUUAAUGUAUAUUUUAUUCAUUUUUGUUAGAUGCAAAGGCAUUAAAAUGUGAAGCUGGUAAUGGCAGAAAAAAUCAAUGUUGAA